CACUAUGGCUGCCCUGUGUUAGGGCUACCUGUGUGGAGGUUCGGUGUCAUUUGUUAGCACUUUGCGGUCGUGCGAGCGCCUCUUUAUUUCGACAUGCAAAAAAUCAAAUCUCUCAUGACCCGACAGGGUCUGAAAAGCCCUCCCGAGAGCUUCAGUGAUUUUGGUACCCUUGAGAAUCUCCGGGUCCCUGGAAAGGAGGAAUUCAGGGAACUUCGAGAACAGCCAAGUGAUCCUCAAGCUGAACAAGAGCUAAUUAAUAGUAUUGAACAAGUAUAUUUUUCUGCGGACUCAUUUGAUAUUGUUAAAUAUGAGCUGGAGAAGCUCCCGCCUGUUCUUAAUUUGCAAGAAUUAGAGGAGUACAGAGACAAACUGAAACGGCAGCAAGCUGCAGUCUCUAAAAAAGUAGCAGAUUUAAUCCUUGAAAAACAGCCUGCUUAUGUAAAGGAACUUGAAAGAGUUACCUCAUUACAGACUGGUCUUCAGCUGGCUGCUGUGAUCUGUACAAAUGGGCGGAGACACUUGAAUGUUGCAAAGGAAGGUUUUACUCAAGCUAGUUUAGGCCUUCUUGCAAAUCAGAGGAAACGACAGUUGCUGCUUGGACUUCUGAAGUCUCUGAGAACUAUAAAAACACUGCAAAGAACAGAUGUACGUUUAAGUGAACUGCUAGAGGAGGAAGACUACCCAGGAGCUAUUCAGCUGUGCCUAGAAUGCCAGAAAGCUGCGAGCACUUUUAAACAUUACAGCUGUAUAAGUGAACUGAAUUCAAAGCUGCAAGAUACUCUAGAACAAAUCGAGGAACAAUUAGAUGUUGCUCUUUCUAAAAUCUGCAAAAAUUUUGACAUCAAUCAUUAUACCAAGGUUCAACAAGCUUAUCGGCUUCUUGGAAAAACACAGACUGCAAUGGAUCAACUUCAUAUGCACUUCACCCAAGCCAUUCACAAUACUGUGUUUCAAGUUGUCCUUGGAUAUGUGGAACUAUGUGCAGAAAACACAGAUACGAAAUUCCAAAAGCUGCAGUACAAAGAUCUCUGUACACACGUUACACCCGAAAGCUAUAUUCCCUGCCUUGCAGAUCUCUGCAAAGCACUGUGGGAAGUUAUGCUCAGCUAUUACAGGACCAUGGAAUGGCAUGAGAAGCAUGACAGUGAGGAUGCUGCUUCAGCCUCUGAGGGGAAUAAUGUGAUGGAUACGGAAGAAGCUAAUUUUGAUCGUGGCUAUGUAAAAAAGAAAUUAGAACAUGGGCUUACGCGAAUAUGGCAGGAUGUUCAGCUUAAAGUAAAAACUUACUUGCUUGGAACUGAUUUGUCUAUAUUCAAAUAUGAUGAUUUCAUCUUUGUUUUGGAUAUAAUCAGCAGGUUAAUGCAAGUUGGAGAAGAAUUUUGUGGUAGCAAGUCUGAAGUUUUACAAGAAUCUAUUAGAAAACAAAGUGUCAAUUAUUUCAAGAACUACCAUAGAACACGACUUGACGAACUGAGAAUGUUCUUAGAGAAUGAGACUUGGGAACUUUGUCCUGUUAAGUCAAAUUUCAGUAUCUUGCAACUUCAUGAAUUUAAAUUCAUGGAACAGUCACGUUCCCCAUCAGUUUCACCUAGUAAGCAGCCUGUUACAACUUCUUCAAAGACAGUAACUUUAUUUGAACAAUACUGUAGUGGUGGGAAUCCAUUUGAGAUUCAGGCCAACCACAAAGAUGAAGAAACAGAAGAUGUCUUGGCUUCUAAUGGGUAUGAGUCUGAUGAACAGGAAAAGAGUGCCUAUCAGGAGUAUGACAGCGACAGUGAUGUCCCUGAAGAACUCAAGCGAGAUUAUGUGGAUGAGCAGACGGGGGAUGCUCCUGUGAAAAGCGUUUCUCGAGAAACACUUAAAAGCAGGAAGAAAUCAGAUUAUAGUUUAAAUAAAGUGAAUGCACCUAUCUUAACAAAUACAACAUUGAAUGUAAUAAGACUUGUUGGGAAAUAUAUGCAGAUGAUGAACAUUCUUAAGCCAAUUGCCUUUGAUGUUAUCCAUUUCAUGUCUCAGCUCUUUGAUUAUUACUUGUAUGCCAUAUAUACCUUUUUUGGUCGGAAUGAUUCAUUGGAAUCAACAGGCCUUGGCCUUAGUAGUAGUAGACUAAGAACAACUCUAAACAGAAUACAAGAAAGCCUUAUUGAUCUGGAAGUUUCAACUGACCCUUCCACCACACUCACAGCAGCAGAAGAGAGAAAGGAGAAAGUGCCCAGCCCUCACCUCAGCCAUCUAGUGGUUUUGACGUCUGGCGAUACAUUGUAUGGGUUGGCAGAAAGAGUGAUAGCCACAGAAUCCUUGGUGUUCCUGGCUGAACAGUUUGAGUUCCUUCAGCCACAUCUGGAUGCUGUGAUGCCCGCAGUCAAGAAGCCCUUUCUGCAGCAGUUCUAUUCUCAGACAGUCUCAACUGCUAGUGAACUACGGAAACCAAUUUAUUGGAUUGUAGCUGGAAAAGCCAUCGAUUAUGAGCAGAUGCUGCUCCUGAUGGCAAAUGUGAAGUGGGAUGUAAAGGAGAUCAUGUCACAGCACAACAUAUAUGUAGAUGCGCUGUUAAAGGAAUUUGAGCAGUUUAACAGAAGGCUAAGUGAAGUUUCUAAGAGAGUCCGGAUACCCUUGCCUGUGUCUAAUAUACUUUGGGAACACUGUAUACGAUUGGCUAAUAGAACUAUUGUGGAAGGAUAUGCCAACGUCAAGAAGUGCAGUAAUGAGGGUCGUGCUUUGAUGCAAUUGGAUUUUCAACAGUUUUUAAUGAAACUUGAAAAACUAACAGAUAUUAGACCUAUUCCUGAUAAAGAAUUUGUGGAAACGUAUAUCAAAGCCUACUACUUAACUGAGAAUGACAUGGAACGCUGGAUCAAAGAGCACAGGGAAUAUUCAACGAAGCAGUUGACCAAUCUGGUAAACGUUUGCCUGGGAUCCCAUAUCAAUAAGAAAGCCAGACAAAAACUUCUAGCAGCUAUAGAUGACAUAGACAGACCUAAGAGAUAAUGAACGCAGCUGCUUUUCCAUGAUGGUGUCAGUCUUCUCUCAGCAUAUAUGACAUGAAAGCCAAUUUUUUCAUGCACUCCUGACAACUCUGCUAAGAAACUCUGUGCAUGUUCCUUCCAAAUGGAGAGUGGAAAACACGAAAGUGUGUGUGGUGUCACCACAUGACUUGGAUAGCCUCUGGGCUCCUCACUUCAGUGUUUGGUCCCAUGUGUUGCAGUCCUUUCCUGAAAUGAUAUUAUUGUUUCAUAACAACUAUUGUUAUGUGGCUACAAUUAUACAUUUUACGGACAAAUGUACCAUAAAUAUUAUUUAGAAAAAGUGGUGGCUAAUAUAUCUAUGAGAAGUUUUUGGAGAAUGAAUUGAUGUUGGCAUUUUUUUAAAACCCCUGAACUUCUUUCUUAAUAAGCAUAAUAUGAAAGGUUUAAUGUACAGUAUUUCCUGAUUAGGAGCACUGCAUGAGAAUUGAAAAGUGCAUGCAAGUAAAAUAGUUGAAAAAUCAGUCUAUUUCUGUUUUUAAAUGUCAAAGUUUAUGGCAGAGUUAAUUUGGUUAUAAAGUGAUCAUAAA